AUGUUUCCGCCAGGCUUACUACUCCACGGCGGCACAGGAAACUUUGCCAACCCCCAUGCAGAAAACGUGCAAGCGGCUGUGGUGCAUGAACGCAGACGGGAUACAGAAAGGGUGCCGGACGCAGCACAUGCCCUGGGCCGACGGAACACCCUGCGGAAACAACAAGUUCUGUCUCCAGGGCGACUGUGUGUCAACGCGGUCGAAGCUGAAGGCGAUUGACGGGGGCUGGGGGCCGUGGUCCAAGUACGGGGCGUGCUCCCGGACCUGCGGAGGGGGGGUCAAGUACGCCAGGAGGCAGUGCAACAACCCCAGUCCGCAGAACGGAGGCAAGUUCUGUCUGGGGCGCAGGAUGAAGUUCAGGUCCUGCAACACCAAGGAGUGUCCGCCUGGCAGUAAGGACUUCCGUGAGGAGCAGUGCGCCAAGUUCAACGGGCAGCACUUCAACAUCAACGGCCUGCCGCCCUACGUCAGAUGGGUCCCCAAGUACGCUGGAGUUCUGAUGAAGGACCGGUGCAAGCUGUUCUGUCGCGUGGCGACGGGCACAGCAUACUACCGGCUCAAGAACAAGGUCAUCGACGGGACGCCCUGCGGACCGGACACCAACGACAUCUGCGUACAGGGCAUGUGCCGGAGAGCGGGCUGUGACCGUGUCCUGAACUCAAAGGCUCGGCGAGACAAGUGCGGGGUGUGCGGCGGGGACAACUCCUCCUGCAAAACUGUGGCUGGAACCUUCAACCUUAUCCAGUAUGGUUACAAUGAUGUGGCUACCAUCCCUCGCGGGGCCACGAACAUCGACAUCAGGCAGCAUGGCUACUACGGACGAGUGGACGACGACAACUAUCUCGCCCUGAGAAGAAGUAACGGGGAGUACAUCCUGAACGGGAACUUCGUGGUCAGCAUGUUUAAGCGGGAGAUCAGGGUGGCCGGCCCCGCCGUGCUCGAGUACUCGGGCUCCGACAACGCCAUCGAACGUGUCAACGGGACCAAGCGCAUCGAGGAGGACAUAGUAGUCAUGGUUCUGUCAGUAGGGAAGCUGUACCCUCCCGAUAUCCGCUACUCAUACAGCUUUCCUGUGGAGAAGCCUCAGUUCAGAUGGGACCCCAACGGGCCGUGGGGGGAGUGCAGCAAGGUCUGCCAAGGGCAGAAGAAGAAGAAGGUGCAGUGUGUCCGGGAGGAUGACGGCCAUGUGGUCUCCGACCAACGUUGCCACCACCUGAACAAACCUGGCACUGUCACAUCCACCUGUAACCUGGACUGUGAGAUCAUGUGGGUGAUAGCCCAGACCAGCGAGUGCUCUGUGCGCUGCGGCACAGGAACCGUCUCCAGAGUUAUCCAGUGUGUGAAGAACCCGCUCAGCAGCCAGCCAAUCGUGGUGGAUGACAAGUACUGCGAGGACCAGCGCCCCUCGGAGGUGGAGAGGUGCUCCGGGGAGUGUCUGCCCACGCACUGGGAGUUUACACCUUGGUCUGAGUGCACGCGGACUUGUGGUGGAGGCAGCCGGUUCAGAGACGCCAGCUGCCUAGACAGUGGUGGGAACCCAUGCACGCGGACUUGUGGUGGCGGCAGCCGGUUCCGUGACGCCAGCUGCCUGGACAGCGGUGGGAACCCGGUCUCCCACGACGAGUGCGACGCCAGCAGCCGGGUUGUCGAUCAGGUCUGCAACGAUCGCGCCUGCCCGCAGUGGGUCGUCAACGACUGGACUGGAUGCUCGGUGACAUGCGGCCAGGGACUCCGACAGAGAUACGUCAGCUGUCGAGACAUCCAUGGUAACGUAGCAGACGAUUCGGCGUGCGCGCACAUCCCCACGCCGAGUGCCCAGGAGACGUGCCUGCCAAAAUCCUGUGGAGGGGGGCAGUGGAGAACCGGAGAGUGGAACAGGUGCCCUGUGAGCUGUGGAAGCGGCACGCAGACCCGGUACGUGGCCUGCGUGUUCCCCGGCCAGGAGAACAUCGCGGAUGAGAUCGACUGCGACCCCAGCCAGCGCCCCGUCAGCGAGCAGGCCUGUAACGCGAACCCCUGCGACGUCCAGCGCUACUACAACCCGACACCCAGCAUCAGCAGUAAUCGGAUACCCACGGGACUCACCGCCAAGUGGAGAACGGGGCCCUGGGGAGGGUGCUCGAGCACGUGUGCAGGUGGAUGGAAGCGGCGCGCUGUGGAGUGCCAGGACGGGAACGGCCAUCCCAGCUCCAACUGUAACGACAGAACGCGACCUUCAGAGAUGGCGCCGUGUAACGCUGGCCCCUGUCCGAUAUGGAACUACGGGCAGUGGGGACAGUGUUCAGUAUCGUGUGGCGACGGUGAACAGACGAGACUCGUCCACUGCCAGCUGCCGAACGGUCAGAUCCUGUCGGACCACGGGUGCGAGGUCCUGGACAAACCGCCCGACAAGCAGCCGUGCAGAAACCACCCCUGUCCGCGGGCGGCGCGCUGGAACAGAGGACCCUGGUCGACGUGUUCGGUGACGUGCGGUCGUGGCCUGAAGACGCGUGAGGUCGUCUGUAAGGAUUCUGCUGGAGUCACCCUCCCACACCGCCACUGUCCGAAGAAGCAGCCGCGGCGACAGCGGAAGUGUCGUGCCGGACGUUGCCCCAAGUGGCGCCCAACUGCGUGGAGCACGGUACGUUCGUCAAUCCCUCACCUGGGCCAGGUUAUAGUAGAGUUGAUUAAUUCCUGAAGCUACCGACAUGUUGC